UCUCCCGCGCUGACCCGCUCGACGUUCUCCCUCGUCUGCGCCAUGUCUGCACUAUAUAUCCUGCCCAGUCGCCCGUCUCGUCCACCCCGUCUUUCGUAUCCUCGGCCCUGGCCAUCCUCCCACACGUCCAUCUCCUCUCGCUCGCCGUCCUCGCGCUGGCCGUCUUCCCCUCGCUAGCCCCCAUCUCCCGCCUGCUCUCCCAAGCCUCAGCCGUCCUCCCCCACCCCCGCCGCACACACGCCCCGAUGGCCUCCGCCGCGCCCGAGCUCCCACUCACCCGCGAGCAGUGGACGCGCGCCCUCGACGCCCUCCCCGCCACCCCCGACCGCAUCCCCGCCUUCUUCUUCGGCCACGGCUCCCCCGCCCUCACCUGGCCCGAAGCCGACCUCGCCAACGCCAAACUAGGGCCCAUGGGCCCCUACCUCGCCCACGGCGGGCCCCACGGGCCCCUCGCCGCCUUCCUCCGCGACUUUGGCCCCGCCCUCCUCGCGAAGUACAACCCCAAGGCCAUCCUCGUCUUCAGCGCCCACUGGGACACCGCCGGAGAGACCCUCGUGUCCGACUAUGGCGACGAGAACCCGCUGUUCAUGGACUACUACGGCUUCCAGCCCGCCAUGUACGACGUCACCUUCAAGUCGCGGGGCAACGCCGCGCUCGCGCACCGCGUCGUCGGCCUCCUCAACCAGGCCGGCAUCAACGCGCGCACGACGCGCCCGACCGAGCCCCGCGGGCGCGACGGCCUUGGACGCACGGUCGCCGGCCUCGACCACGGCGUCUUCGUCCCCUUCCGCCUCAUGUUCGGCGACGACGCGCUCGCCAUCCCCGUCGUCGCCGCCUCCAUCGACGGCUCGCUCGCCCCCGAGCGCAACUGGGCCCUCGGCAGCGCCGUCGCGAAGCUCAGGGAGGAAGGCGUGCUCGUGCUCUCCGGCGGCCUCACGGUGCACAACCUCGGCGAUUUCGGGAGCCUCGCGCCCGCCAGCGCGCGGCCGCUCCACCACGCUUUCAACGACGCCGUCACCGCCGCCAUCACCCUCCAAGACCCUGCGGAGCGCAAGGCUGCGAUGGUGGACCUGGUGCGCCACGAGGGCUUCCGCACGUCCCACCCGCGCGAGGACCACUUCGUGCCCGUCUACGUCGCCGCAGGCGCCGGCGCGGAGGGCGGCGCCCAUCUCCUCGCGGGCACGUACGGCUGCCAGACCGUCGCGUUCGGCCUCUGA